AUGGCUUCAAAGACCACAGACUGCAAGAAUAGAGGUUUUACUGAAAUUCCUGCCCACUUACCACCUGAAACUCAGAUACUGCUGUUGCAGAAUAAUCGCAUUUGGAGAAUCAACCAAAACGCAUUCACUGGAACACCACUGCUGAAAAUCUUAGACUUGUCUAAUAAUUCUCUCUCAAGUUUUGCACCAGGUGCUUUACAAAAAUUACGGUACCUACAGGUUCUAAACCUAACUAGAAAUUUGAUUCAUUAUAUAGAAAACAAGACCUUCAGUUUCCUCCCACACCUCAAAGAACUGGACUUGUCAUCCAACAGCAUUGUACGUUUGCCUGAGACUUUUGGAAACAGCACAGGGAAUAUUACAUUACUGUCAGUGAAGCACAACAAGCUUCAGAAAAUGGAAAGAGUUCUGCUGGAGUCACUUCCAAACCUGAAAGUUGUUCUUUUCAAGGAUAAUCCCUGGCUAUGUAAUUGCAAUGUCUUUGGCCUGAAACUGUGGUUGGAGAGUUUUUUAUACAGAGGAGGAAUAAGUGAUGGCAUCAUCUGUGCAACACCAGGGAUUCGGAAGGGCAAGGACCUCCUCAAAGUUCCUUAUGAACUGUUUGGGGCGUGCCCACUUACGACAGCUCAUACUCAUCUGGCCACCACUCAUCACCACAGCUUUGAGCACAGGAGUUCUCUGAAGCACUCUCACCACAACGAACAUGGGGAAAACAGCAGGCUAAGUUGUGAACCCAAACCAAAGCCGAGGCCUGUUAAUUUGCGUCAUGCAAUUGCCACUGUAGUAAUAACUGGAGUUGUCUGUGGAAUUGUGUGUCUAAUGAUGUUGGCAGCUGCUGUUUAUGGUUGUGCCUAUGCUGCAAUUACUGCUAAAUACCACAGAGAACAUUUGGCCCCUGCAAGACAGCAUGGGACUCCUGAGGAAAAAGAGCCAUUUGAUAGCUCCUUGGCUUGA